UAUCUGUCAUCUGAAAAUUUAGAAAGUUAUGAAAAAAAUUGCUCUCUCCCCCAGUCACCCGAUAGUUAUUGAACAGUGUAAAUUGGUGAUACUUUUAAUAAGAACGCGACGAUUAUGAGACCUAAUAAACAAAUAUAGGUGUACAUCGACGAUGUAUCCUUGAACUAACAGUUUGAAACACAGCUUGUGGGUUUUCAAUCAGUCUCUGUUGUCGUUUACUACGCCAUCGUCUCGUUUUCUAUUGUCUCGAAGCAGACGUCGAUUAAUUUCAAACAAGCGAACAAUGUUUGUUAAAUAAAAUCUCACCCAUUGCUUCGAAAAAUAUAAUUGCUGUUGGAAGUUUGGAACGAAAUUGGAACGCAUCGUCGUGGAAGACAGCGAGGCACGCACAAGAACCAGGACUGAGGCGAUUAUUCGCCAAAUCUCGCUUUUACCUACCUCGCAGGCUUUAGGUAGCAGCGAUAAGAAACGAGCCAACGAAACAAUGCUGAAGAAUACACAGCCAUCAUUCGAGGAGAAAUGGCCCCAGAUGCGGCCAAUUGUGCUCAAACUGCUGAAGCAGGAACCGGUUACACAUUGCGAAUGGCAGGAGCUGUUCUACGCAGUUCAUCUCGUUUGUAUGUGGGAUGACAAAGGACCUAGCAAGAUCCACGAUUGUUUGCAGGAAGACGUUGUAGCGUUUAUAAAGCAAGCACAGAGCCGAGUGUUGGCACAGCGGGAGGAACAGGCUCUGCUGAAAGCUUACAUUGUUGAAUGGAGGAAGUUUUUCACGCAGAGUAGCUAUCUGCCGAUGCCGUUUUGGCAGCUAGAGAAUGCACUGCACCAGGCGAAAAAUCAAAACAUACCCAACUCAUCGAAGAAAUCACAUCCCUCGGACGAUAGCAUCGUGCGUAAACUGAUGCUGGACUCGUGGAAUCAGAGCAUCUUCAUGAAUAUCAAACACAGGCUGCAGGAUUCUGCUAUGAAACUUGUGCAUGCGGAACGGAACGGAGAAGCUUUCGAUUCUCAACUGGUGAUCGGAGUACGCGAGAGUUACGUGAAUCUCUGUUCGAAUACCGAAGAUAAGCUGGAAAUCUACCGGGAAAACUUUGAGGCAGCUUAUCUACAGGCGACAUCGGCGUUCUAUCGUCUGAGAGCGAGUGAACAAUUGCAGACCGAUGGGGUGAAAAUCUACAUGCAAUACGCCGAUGCAAAGCUGCGUGAAGAGGAAUCUCGGGCGGAGCGAUAUCUUGAACCGGGAAGUAUCACAGCACUUGCCCAGUGUUGCGUUACUGCUCUCAUCGGAGACCAUGUGCCAACUCUGCUAGCUGAAUGUGCCCCUUUGAUAGAAUCCCGCGAAACCGAUCGGCUCCAGAUGAUGUUCCGAUUGCUUGAUCGUGUCUCCGGUGGAGUCGAGCCAAUGCUUCGUGACCUCGAAAACCACAUCGUGCAAGCCGGUCUAGCGGAUAUGUUUGCAGCCGCCGAUGUAAUUACCCAAGAUUCGGAGAAAUACGUGGAGCGACUGUUGGAACUGUUCCGUCGGUUCAGCGAUUUGGUGAAGGAGGCCUUCAAUGACGAUCCGCGGUUUCUGACAGCACGUGACAAAGCGUUUAAAAACGUCGUUAAUGACAUAACGGUAUUCAAACUAGAGCUACCGACAUCCGCCACUGCGAUGGCCCGUGGAAUCAAAUCUGCCACACCCGAAUCCAAGUGUCCCGAGCUGCUGGCCAACUAUUGUGAUAUGUUGCUACGACGAACGCCUUUCAGUAAACGUCUCACUACGGAUGAGAUUGAAUCCCGCCUAAAAGAUGUCCUUUUGGUGCUCAAAUAUGUAAGCAAUAAAGAUGUCUUCAUGCGUUAUCAUAAAGCCCAUCUCACAAGAAGACUGAUUCUUGACUCUAGUGCCGAUAGCGAAAAGGAAGAAGAUAUGGUCGAAUGGCUUCGAGAGGUCGGUAUGCCAGCCGAUUACGUCAACAAGCUAGCCCGUAUGUUCCAAGACAUUAAGGUCAGUGAAGAUCUAAAUACUCAAUUCCGGGCUCAAACCACUCGACAUGAUGCCAUCAACAUUAAGAUACUGAAUGCCGGAGCAUGGGCACGUGGAUCGGAACGUGUGUCCGUCAGCUUGCCUCUGGAGCUGGAGGAUUACAUUCCAGAGGUGGAGGAGUUCUACAAGAAGAAACAUUCCGGCCGGAAGUUGCUGUGGUAUCAUCAUAUGAGCAACGGAACGAUUACUUUUGCGAACAAUUCUGGUCGAUUUGAUCUGGACGUAACCACCUUCCAAAUGGCAGUUCUGUUUGCCUGGAACCAACGUCCCAACGAGAAGGUUUCCUACGAAAACCUUCGAUUAGCGACAGAGCUUCCGGAUCCAGAGUUACGUAGAACGCUCUGGUCGUUAGUUGCAUUCCCGAAGCUAAAACGACAGCUGCUGUUACACGAUCCAGCCAUAGCGAAUCCGAAAGAUUUUACCGAGAACACACUAUUCUGGAUUAAUCAAGAUUUCGCAUUGAUAAAAAAUGGAAAACCACAGCGGCGGGGUAAAGUCAACCUUGUCGGGAGACUGCAGCUGAGCACUGAGCGAUCCCAGCACGAAGACAAUCAGUCGAUCGUUCAACUGCGAAUAUUGCGCACUCAAGAAGCCAUCAUUAAGAUUAUGAAAAUGCGCAAGCGAUUAAGCAAUGCGGCGCUACAGGCUGAACUAGUGGACAUUUUGAAAAACAUGUUCCUACCUUCGAAGAAAAUGAUCAAAGAACAGCUGGAGUGGCUAAUAGAGCACAAAUAUAUGCGACGAGACGAUGACGACAUCAACACGUUUAUCUACAUGGCUUAAAGCUGGACGGAGGAUUAAUGAAAAUCGAGCCUACAAAUAAUGGCGGGUCGCCAGAUAUUGUGAUUAGACGUCAUUUUCCAGUAUAACCGUUCUGAAUUACUGACAACAAAUGUGGCGGUGUCUACUGGCGGUAUACAAAGAAACACGAUGCCAGUGUAAAAUUGUAUAUUGCAACCUGAAGAAUUGAUUCCCGCGCCCUAAUUUUAGUGUUGAUAAUUUGAAUUUGAUAACUAGCGGAGGAUAAUGAUAUUAAGCUUGUGAUGGCACCAUAAAAUAAAUGAUACGUUUAGAAACAAACAA